CAGUAGUGCGAUGGAAAAACUCUCGGGCGUUGAGCCACGAAACUGAGAGUCUGGGUAUAAAAUCUCGCGUUCAUCCUCUACAGAGUAUCACAGCGAAUUUAGCAGUCUUCGAGUGCAAAGCACUGCCGCUGGAGAAGCUACCCUUGCAUAGUGUUGUGUGCCUUCCAGUGAGAAAUACUCGCUCAAAUUAAUUCCUCAAGUUAUUCGACUGUGACACAAUUUAGUGAGGAAGUGAAUUUAAAAGCUAUGCAUGUUAUAAUUAAACAGUGAGAAGCAGUGAGGCAUUAAUAAAAGAAUUAUUUGUAAUUCAUUACUAAAGUGAUUUGUGUUGAUUGAGAGAUUUUUAAAACUUAAAAGCAAUUACCAUAUUUUUAUCAUACUCAGAAGCGUCAGUAAAAGAGUAAACUAAAAGAUAGUGUAGAAUAUUUUGGAAAGAAAUUUUUUGCCGCAAGAAAAGUUUAUUCUCGUCCUCAACAUGCCGGCUGAUGAAAUGAAGAAAACCAUAGAAAAUGAUCCCAUUCAGAAAUCCAUAUCAGGAUUUGGAUGGUGGCAACUCAUGGUCUUUGUCACAAUUUGCUUGCUGAAAUUUCCCGUCGCAUGGCACCAGAUGAGCAUAAUCUUUUUGGCCCCACCAAUUGACUACCAUUGUGUCGAGCCGGAAGGAUUUAAUGGUACCCUGGGUAGAUGUGACACUAAAUGUAACGGGCAUGUGUUCGAUAGAUCCGUUUUUCAAGAAACCAUUACGACGCAAUGGAAUCUAAUUUGCGCCCAAGAUCAACUGGCGAACGCUUCUCAGACUAUCUUCAUGUUAGGCAUCUUAAUUGGAAAUGUGGUGUUCGGCAGCUUGGCCGAUAAAUUUGGUCGUCGUGGUCCACUAGUCUUCGCCGUGCUUAUACAGUUAGUAUCUGGAGUCGCAACAGCCUUUGCUCCAUGGUUCUGGCUGUUCUGCCUACUUCGCUUCCUUACAGCUCUAGCCACAGGAGGCACUAUGCUCACUAGUUUCGUCCUCAUUAUGGAGAUCAUUGGUGUCAAGUGGCGCGAAUUACUCUCCGUCAUUUAUCAGAUACCUUUCAAUUUGGGCCACUUAACACUCCCAAUAUUUGCUUACUUCAUCCGAGAUUGGCGGCAUCUGCAGCUAGCUCUCUCUAUCCCAUCUAUCUUGCUCGUUUCCUACUAUUGGCUCGUGCCAGAAUCUCCACGAUGGCUUAUAACUGUGGGUCGUGUAGAGGAGGCUUCCAGAAUACUUAAGAAAGCCGCUGAAAUGAACAAGAUGCCUACGGACACUAUUAACAAGAAUCUUGAGGCUGCUAUCAAACUAAAGGGAGCCGACUCUCCCAUCUCCCGAGGUAAUAUCUUGGACUUGGUGAAAACACCUAAUAUGAGGACCAAGACACUCUGCAUGUGCUUCAAUUGGUUCGUCUGUGGAAUUUCCUUCUUUGGUGUCGCUCAAUACAUUGGACAUAUGAGUGGAGAUAUCUUCCUAAAUGUAGCUAUUUCGGCUGCUAUUACCUUGCCUGGAACCGUCAUUGGAAUUUACUGCAUGAAGUCUUGGGGUCGAAAGUAUACACUAAUUGCCUCAAACACCGUAUGCGGAAUCUCGAUGUUGGCUAUUGCAUUUGUGCCUGAGAAUCAAGCUCUUGCAGUAGUGGUUCUUGCAUCUAGCAGCAUGAUUGGCAUGAGCAUAUCUUUCCCUACAUGCUACUUAUACGCUGGCGAGAUAUUCCCUACUGUCGUGAGAAAUAUCGGCAUGGGAACGUCUAGUAUGAUUGCCAGGAUUGGGAGCAUGGUGGCUCCAUUCGUCGUUGGAGCUAUCAGCUUUGCCCACUGGUUGCCUCCGCUAAUUUUUGGAACUGUACCAAUCAUAGGAGCUUUCCUAACCUUCCUGCUGCCCGAGACCAAAGGUGCUCCUUUGCCAGAAACGAUCGAAGAUGGAGAGAACUUUGGCAAAAAGUUCCCAACUGCCACUAAAGAGGAUAUAGAGAGUGGAAAGUAGGGAACUAUUUCGUGAAACAGUGAUAGAUUAGACUACCAAAUACAAUUGCCUAGGAGGUUUCCACUGAAGAAAAUUACAAUGUUAAGUGAAAUUAUACCAUGUACAAUUUUAUAUAUAGAUAGUCCUUCUAGCAUAGAUCUAAGAAGAUUAUAUAAUUUAUUUAAUUUUGUAACAUUUGUAAAACAAAUUGAGAAAUAAAACAAAUUAUUUGAAUUAAUU